AGUCCGCGAAUAAAAAUUUAUAGAAAAUUAUUGUCCAAGAGAAAAAGUGUUUUUUAAAUAGUUUGCUAUUGAAUUCAAUCAAGACAAAGUUAUGAAACAAACUCGUAAAAAUAAAACGGAUAUGAUAAGCGUGACAGUUUGUGCAUAAACAUAAGAAAAGUGCUGAGAAUAAAAUAUUUUUUGUCCUUGGAUUCUUUUUUUUUUUGAUCCAGACGAGAAAAGACAAAAAGAAAGAGUAAUAAAGAUAAAUGUAAAGGAAUCUCACGUCAUCAUCAUCAUCGUUGUCGACAGUAGAUGGUUAUCAGAGUAAUUGAAACGAUCAUGACAUAAUGUACCAAAUUUUUUCCGAGCCAAGUGAGGAGAGAAAUGUAAAUUGAUGUCAACUUCGAAAAAGACCUUUGAUACAUAUAUGGAUCAUUAUUCUGUGUGUUGUUGACUGUUGUGCUAAAAAGAAGAAAUUAAAUAUUCAAAACAUGAUGAUGAAGAAGCACCAAAAGCAAUUGUGAACAAAGACAAAGAACAACAACAAAAAAAAAGUUAAAAAAAUUUUCAUCGUCAUAACAAAAGACAAAAAAGUAUUAAAAAAAACAAAGUCGGAAAUUAUCAUUAAUUUUCACAUGAACAGUUUAUAUUUUAAUAUCGGCAAGAAAAAAGGAAAAUGGAGAAAUAAUAAUUAUGUGUGUAUGUGUCUCUAUGUCACAGUGAAUUAAUUAUCGUGAAGUUAAAUAGAAAAGAAAAAGAAAACUUGAAGUAAAACUGCAAAAAAAGAGGAAAUGUCGCACCAAAGAAAGGAAGAAAUAUUGUCGCUAAUAACAAAUUGAACGUCUUAAACAAUUAUUUUUCCAUUUCAUUUAACUUUUGUUUUGUGUUUUUAAUUUUUAUUUAAUUACAUUGUGUGUGCCCAUCAUACUAAAGAAAGAAAGCUGCAAAAGCUUCAAAGAAAGACAAAAAACGAAAACUUAUGAAUUUUUUUUGUUUUAAUAAUCAAACAUCUCUGAUUUGCUUUUCUUGAUUCAUCGAAAACAAUCAAAAACACAAAAAAAAAUAAUCAAAAAACUUUGCACGCGAAAAAUCAAAAAAUCUUAUGAAAAACAAAACGCUUCAAUCAUGACAACAACAGCAAAGCAAUCAUCAUCAUCGACGGAUGUAAGAGGAUCAUCACCUGCAUCAUCAAAUUUUGAAGCUGCUGAAGAUCUUGAAACGAUUGCAAAACAGAUUUCAGAUCAUGCUGAAGCGAUUUAUCAAGAGUGGAAAGCGAGAGGUUUAGCACCAACUGAGAUUCUCAAGUGCCAUCCAGACACUGAUUCAACCGGUUUUAAUCGAACAUUAAGCCCUAAAUCAUCACCUACCACACCACAAUCAUCAACAUCAUCACGUACAAUUCUCGAUCGACAUUCGCCAUCAUCGCCUUUAUCACCGGAAAUUCUCGCAAAAGCGCCGGAUUUAUCCAACAGUAAUCUCAAGCAACUGGUGAAUUCGUUUGUGAAUGAAGACAAAGCCAGACUCGCCGCACAAAGAAGCGACAGUCCCAUCGGCACUUCCAUCAAAUACACAUUGAAAAAGUUUGAAAAUUUAGGUGAAAGAUCGCCAUCACCUGUUGCAAAUCCGCCAUCAUAUUCAUCAAAUGCCAAAUCAUAUUCGUCACCACAACAGCAAGAUAUUAUCCAUAAGACUAAUAGUACUCUAACUAACAAUAAUAAUAAUAAUAACUUAAAUUAUCUGAAUAAGAAUGAACAAUCGCAACAGCAUCAUGUGCCAGAUGUUCUAAAAGAUACCAUCGAGAAGAGUUCAAAGCGACAAAAGCCUGAAACUCCCGUAAAACCGGAGCAUUUGCUCAAUCACGUUCCCACAUGGCCAUUGAAGCAUCGACAAAUUGUGCAAAAUAAUAAAAGUGAUAUGAAGACACCAGUUGAUAAGAAGGUGACACCACCAACGUCAUCAUCGAAGUCACCUGACAUUGAUGUCAUGGAUGAAGUGUCACGUGAAGAAGAGAAAUUAAUAAAUGCGCUCAAAACCGGCACGGUAUUGUCGAACAAUGAAUGUCUUCCGGAAGUGAUAAAAUCGUCCUUAAAUGAAUACAAAGUGCAAGCUGAACAGCAGCUCAAUGGCAUUAGUACAGUUAUGAAAGAGAACAGUCGAAACGAUGACGCACUUUCACAGCCUACGCCACCCCCACAAAAGCCUAAUCAUACGCCCAUUUAUGUACCACACAAGGAAGAACAGUCGAAAGGAUUUUCAAGUUUCGCACGCGUUGCUACAACUCGAAUACCAAGUCGUCAUGAUUCAAAGUCAGAUGAUAAGAAAUUUGAAUUGAAAUCAGUGCCAAGUCCCGUGCGACCGUUUUUAUCACGUGGCUCUGUCGCUGAACGUGUAUUGAUUUUUGAGAAAUGUCCGGAAAAAGCACCAAUACGACAACCUGCUGAGAAACCUAAAAUUCAGAUUAAGCCGGCGAGUAAAAUUCUUCCACCACUACACUCAACUUUGCAAAGGCAUUUGAGAAAAUCAACAAACUUCACAAUACCGCAGUUUUACUUUCCUAACGGCAAACCACCACCAGCCAUCACAACCGAAACAACUGUACAACGAUUGGAGCUGGUAUUCAAUCAAUUCGAAAACUAUGAGAUACCUCGAGAUAAAUUUCACAUUGUCGUUACUGUAUGUCAAGUGCCAUUGUACUGGAGAGUGCCAUUGUUCAUGUGUACGCAAUUAACCAAGACAGGUUGUGUAAAUGGAAAUCGCUUUCUCGAUUUUUGGAGGCAAAUGACCUCGUUUUGUCACGAUGCUGCAUCACGUUUUAUUUACAUCAUAUCACGUGGCAAUAAAUCACGUCCUUACAUGUUACCAGAAGAUUUAGCGCCGCUUAUUCAAGACGUUGUUGACUCUCAUCCAGGACUUGCAUUCCUUAAAGAAGCGGCUGAGUUUCAUUCGCGUUACGUCCAUACAGUCAUUGCUAGAAUAUUUUAUAGUGUAAAUAGAAGUUGGUCGGGUAGAAUAACAGUUGGUGAGCUUAGGAAAUCGAAUUUAAUGGAAGUGAUACAACUGCUGGAAGAAGAAGAAGACAUCAAUCAAAUUAUGGCUUAUUUUAGCUAUGAACAUUUUUAUGUUAUUUAUUGUAAGUUUUGGGAAUUGGAUCGUGAUCAUGAUUUGUUUAUCGAUCAACAAGAUUUGGCAAGACAUAACGAUCAUGCUCUCUCAUCGCGUAUGAUUGAAAGAAUCUUUUCGGGUUGUGUAACACGUGGACGAGGACGACAAAACUCACAAAAUGCUCAAAAUUCAUCGCGAAUGUCUUAUACUGACUUUGUUUGGUUUCUUCUUGCGGAAGAAGAUAAAAAUCAUCCGACAGCUAUUGAAUAUUGGUUCCGUUGUAUGGAUAUUGAUGGUGAUGGAAUUCUUUCGAUGUACGAAUUAGAAUAUUUUUACGAAGAACAACAACAUCGAAUGGAGCAGUUGGGAAUUGAAACUUUACCAUUUGAAGACUGUUUGUGUCAGAUGCUCGACAUGAUUAAGCCAAUAAAACGCGAUUGCAUAACACUAACCGAUCUGAAGCGUUGUAAAAUGACGCCGAUAUUCUUCGACACAUUCUUUAAUCUUGAAAAGUACAUGGAACAUGAACAGCGUGAUCCAUUUGCUCAAAAGGAAGGUGAAGAGUUGUCGGAUUGGGAUCGUUAUGCUGCUCAGGAAUAUGAGUUGUUGGUUGCUGAAGAAAGUAACGAUGGAACUGGAUUUGAUGACACCGAUGAGUAUGAGCCGUACGAUUCAAACGUUGAAUUGUUGGAAUCACAAAUCGACGAUUGUUCAAAUGAAUGGUGAAAGAAUUCAACAGGCAGUGCAUUUAAAUUGAAAUCUUUCGAUGAUUUUACAAAGAAGAACUUCGUUAAUUAAUCACAACACACAUCACACUCUUUAUUUUCCUUCAUUCGAUAAAUUAUUAAUUAUCUUCACGAUAACAAAGUCGAAAAGCAUUGUAAUAAUAAUAUCUAAUAAAUAUGUAAUGCAAAUUCAACAUUCUGACACGCAACAUAGAUGGAUGAUAUAAGCUGAAGUGUUGAAGUGGUGCCAUUGGAAUUGUGAAUCCAUCAGAAAUAUAUGAACGCAACACACAUCAGUAAUAUUUACUAAGAAUGAAGCCAAAAUGAAGGGAAAUAUCUUUUAUAGCCAUAAAACCUACAGAAACAAAAAAGAAAAGUUCUAAUAAUCUCAAAUUUAAGUGUAAAAAUGUUUUUUAAUUGUAUUUUCACACCGUAAAAUGAAAGAAAAUGAUCAUGUGGGAAUGAUGCAAAAACCAGCACUUUUCAAUCUAAAUUAAACUGAGAAACAAAAAAAUUGAUAUCAAAGAAACCAUAUUCUACUUAUACACAAGUAAGAACACUUCGUAUAUAAACCUGAAUGAACAAGCGCAACUAAUUAACCAUUUAAGUUUACAUUACACAUUAGAUUCUCUUCUUUUUUUUUCUAUUUGAAAUGUUUUGUUUUUUUUAUAUGUUUAAGAAAGAAAAUUUUAUUUAUACAAAAAGAACUUGAGCAAGAUUAACAUUACAAAAAGGCUUUUCUUAGAUAUCAAUUUGAUAAUUAGAAAUAAUUCUAUGAUUAAAUGUAAAUUUUUUCUAAUUAAGUAUGAGAAGAAAAAGUCGCCAAAGUUGAUUGUGAAAAUGAAAUGUCCAGCCCUUUGGUUGUUUGUUGAGAAACACGUUUAGCUAAUUACAUGUAAUCGUAAUUAAAAAUCCUAUUUUUAACUGUUAAGAUCAUCACAAUUGUUAUUUAAAAUUGAAAUUGCACAAGCUUCUCUCAGUUAGAUAUUUAUAUGAUGAUGAUGAUGGAAACGUCAGACUUUUAUUCUCCUAUAUUUAGCAACAAGCACUUAUGUGUGUUAUCUAUCUAUUUAAUUAUUUAAAUAGCAUUUCGCGAUGAAACUUAAAAGAGAAAGAUUUCAAAGAAAACUUUAAUCACUAUACGAUGCUUUUAAUACUGAAAUUUAUGUUCAAUACAAUUUUAUAUAUUUAAUGAUAAGAAGUUCCCGGUGAAUCACGUGUAACAUUUUGUACUGUUAGCUAUCUAAAUAUUUAAUUGUAUUUAUCCUUUAUGACUUUGAAGUCCAUUGUGGAAAUGCUAAAAUCGUUCAGCUAGAAAAAUUAUUUCUUAUCCCUCAACAUAAUUCUUCGAAUCUCAACUUUUCCAAUUGUAAAGAAACUCUCGAAGAUGAUAUGUUUGCUUGAGCAGUGGAGAGACUCUUAAAAAUUAUUUGGCAAACUCUGAAUGAAGAACAAACUGUAGAAUAUCUCAAUUAUGAUAUUUUAAAUGUAUUCCAAAGCAAUUUAUGUAUGCGGAAUGUCCUCUCUUACUCUUACUUUGACAAAUUUAAAUAAUUGACAUAAAUGAUACAUGAUAAACUUUGACAUGAAGAACAAUUAUGAUAAUCCCCAAAUUUUGGGUCAAUGAAGAAAAGUAAUAAAACAUUUAAUGAAAAUUUACAUACAAAAAAAAUUA